AUGGCGACUCCAGCCCCUAAGGACGAUACCAAGAUUAGCGGACAUAAUGAUCUGGCUCUAAUCACUAGCUACGUCGACGGCGAAGUCCUUGACGCAGGAAUUGACUAUGCCUACCUAAACGCCUCAAAGCCCACAAAGUUCUACAGGAGCGUUUUGUUCCAGAUGAUUCUCCUUGGACUUCUCUCCUGCGUUGGUCCAGCCAUGUCCGAUGCCAUUUCCAACCUCGGAGGCGGCGGUCUCUCCACUCCGUAUCUAGCAAACUUGGCGACGUCUCUGAACUACACGGCUGGCUGUCUGCUCACUCUAUUCGGCGGUCCAUUGAUCAAUAAGUUUGGUAUCAAGUGGUCCUGCAUUAUAGCAGCCGUGGGAAUGCCUCUUUCCGGUUCUGCGUACUAUGUUUGCGCAAAGUACCGUGUAAAUUGGUAUCUCAUCUUUGCAAAGAUACUCACAGGAUUCACCUAUGGCUUUUUGUACGUCGCUGAGUCUACGGCCAUGUUGUCAUAUCCCCUCGCAAAUGACAGAGGCUUCUAUCUAGGUGUCUGGUCUGCCAUGCGGAACUCAGGCAGCGUUAUUGGAGGCGCCAUCAACUUUUCUAAUAAUCAUAGUGACUCCAAAGCGGGUGGCGUUGCGUGGUCUACCUACCUCGUCUUCAUUGCCUUCGAAUGCACUGGCCUCGUUUGGGCUUUCUUGCUAUCCCCCACCAGACGGGUCCGACGUGUAGAUGGCAGUAAAGUUGCCAUGUCCGAGAGAGCCAGCUGGAAGCAUGAGCUUGCUGCUUUGUGGAAGCAUUUGCAGCGCAGAAAGACUUGGCUCAUGGCUCUGCCUGCGUUCUACUCAUUCUUCUGUGGCGGAACCAUGGGAACUUACCUGUCGCUGCACUUCUCAGUGCGGGCGCGAGCAUUAUCCUCUCUUUUCCUCCCGACCCUUUCCAUCAUCGAGGUGGUGGCCUUUGGGAAGCUCCUAGACAGGACCCGUUGGUCCCAGACCAAGCGAGCAUGGAUCUCUUUUGCCUGCUGGCUGAUUCCACAAGCCGCCUGCUUUAUCUGGAUUGGUAUCGAGUAUGCAAAGUUUGGUGGAGGCAAACUCGAAAACGCGCUGGACUAUGAAACCAACACCAGGGGAUGGGUUGAGGCCUACCUCCCAUAUCUCAUAAUGCAGUCAACUAGCUAUGUAUGCCAAUUAUCUCUCUACUGGAUCCUCGGUACUUUUUCUACCGAUGCUGGAUCUUCUGCCCGCUCCGGUGGUUUGCUUAGAGCUUUUGAGACAGCUGGACAGACGGCGUCCUAUGCGAUCAACUCUCACAGUGGCUCGGAUGCCAGGAUUCCAUUUUAUGUCCACGCUGCGGUCUUGUGCCUCACUAUUCCUUGCAUGGUGUUCCUGAUUAGGCUUGUUCCUGAAGCUCCCGCUGCAACGGAUAUAGACGUGGAGCCCGUCAGCGAUUUAACUGAUAGCAAGCAGGUCAAUUGA